UGUCAGUGUCGUCGUUUCCUACAAUUAUCUGGUCUAUUGUAUGCGGAAAGUGGGAACAUUUUGCCUUGUGGUAACUAGCAAAUUGUUUCAUAUUCAUGGAAUUUACAAAAAGUUUACUACUAGCUUAUGUUAAUUUAUGAAUAAUGAUGGUGAAAAAAUGUGUGUGACAAAUUAUGAGAUGUCAUUGUGUUGACUUUAAUGGUGAUGUGAUGUGAUGUGUUUACGAUCAGUGAAAUGUACAUUGGUAUGUGGUCGCGUAUUACUCACAGUGAAAUGUCGACCAAUCGGUGACGGAAGCCACGAAGUUUGUCUAGAUAUUACUUAAGAGCAAAUAAAAACAAUAACAUGUGACUAUUUUUGGUUAAUUUGUAUGUAAAGUGACUUAGUUUCGUUCCGUAAUUUAAUUAUAUAAAAUUAUUGUUUCGAAUGCUGUCCAAUGGAUUCCGAAUCAGAACGGAGCUCGAAUACCCAGGUAAAAAAUGAGAAGACGAAAAAAAUGGAGACAGAAAGUACAGACAUGACUUUGGACCAAGUAUGCAAACAAGUCAGCAAACUGGAGGUAGAUGACGGAAGCAAUGGCUCCGGAAGUUCGACGGAUAGCGAAGAUUUGGUUAACGCUAUUAAUUAUAAUACAAUAACUUCUUUAGCUGCACUUAAAGAUAUUAUUCAAGGAGAGAAUGACACCCCUGAAACUGACAGUUUCUUCCAGCAUUAUUUCAUGAACCAUUGCAACAAUCUUUCGAGUCGUAACAGUAAUUCGCCGUUCCCGUUUGUGGAGAGGCGACGCCUAUCACAAUGCCGUGAAGAAGACGAAGAUGAUGAGAAAAAGAAAGAUACAGCAGACGUGUUGGGUAAAGCUUGGCUGGCUCAUAAGAGUACAGACCUCACAGAAAAUGAUACACGGACAAGUAAAAAGCAAUCCCAGGAUGAAGAUUCUUCAACAGAUGAACGGGAAUCUUCUAAGCGCACUGUAAUUGGACCAAAACACAAAUUCUUAGUGACUACAGCCGAAGCAGCUGUACCUCCGCCACAAGUGGAAAAAGUUAUUCGAUCACAAGUUCAUAACGCUCACACGGUACACUUUGGUACAAAAGGAGUUGAAGAGCAAAGACGAAGUGUUCGAUCAAUUUUUGCUGACGAGAAUCUUCACCGAGAUAAAAAUUAUUUUGACAGUAGUUUAAUAGAAAUAAGAUCUACGGUGGACGGUAUACCAUCUAGCUCAGAAGACAUUUGGGUGAUGCGAAAGGAAGAAUUAAAGAAAGAAAUUGGCAAGUCCAAAUCUAAAGUAGUCGAUCCGCUCAAACAAUCUGUAGAAGAUAAGCUAGACAAGAAAGAAAUAAAGAGGAACCGUUCUGGCACUUGGGGAUCGCAGGUUUCAUACAAGGAAAUCGAACCUGUGAAGAAAACAAACCUUAAAAAAGAAAAAGAAAGAAGAAGCAGCGAUGAGAGGCGACAAAAACGAGACCAUCGCCUGGACGCAGCGAUUACUCGCAGCUCACAAUCAGUUGGCGAACGCAAGCGUCGAGGGUCUGCUGAUGAUGGACAGGCUGAUCAACUAUACCAACAGACUAUACACGGGACAAGUGGGGUGAGCAGACGUCCAGCCCUAUUUGAUAUUUUCAAAUCACGUCCUCGGGGAGAUGCAAAGCGUCAUAUGUCUAUAAUGCAGCAAUUCAAGUCAACUGUUCAGAAUAUGACGAAAUCUAGUGGCAGCACUAAAGAAGGUCAGAAAACAGAGACAGGAGAACAAGGCGCGUUGCCAGGGUCUACAUCGCCCCAUCCGCAAGGUGUGGACACUGCGACUGGUGGUAGCCAGAAAAAUGAAAAAACAGUCUCCGACAGCAGCGAAUUGGGAGGCGGGUCUAACUCUACUGCUACAUCUCCACAGGGUAGUGACGCUAUGUACGCCCAUACAUUACGUCCGGAAAUGUUGUAUAGACGACAAAGUCCAAUUGCAAGAGUACUCGAUAUGUUUAGAGGAAUGACAUCUGCAAAUCCUCAGCCGGAACAAGUUAAUCAGAAACGUCGAAUGAGAACGUUUUCCACACCACGAGCUUAUGAUCGAGGUGUGGAAUUACGCCGAGAGAGGGCUCAGGAGGCUGCAAAAAGACGUUCUUCACUUGAUAAUUGUUCUCGACCAGGUCGUCAUCGCGGCUCCAAUGCACUCAUUGACCCAGAACGCGCCGCGAUGCUGUUCCGAGACGCGAGGGGGUUACCCGUGGCAGACCCUUUUAUAGAAAAAUUGGAUCCCAGUGGCGCAACGAGAGAUGAUUCGCAGAUCUUCGUGAAGUUCUUCCGUUUCCACCAGUGCUACGACUUGAUACCAACGUCCGCCAAGCUCGUCGUCUUCGACAUCCAGCUCCUCGCGAAGAAGGCGUUCUUCGCUCUCGUCAGCAAUGGCGUUCGAGCGGCACCUCUUUGGGACAGUCAGAAGGGAAAAUUCGUUGGCAUGCUUACGAUCACUGAUUUCAUUAAGAUCUUGCAAAUGAACUACAUGCACUCCGGCGUCGCUAUGGAGGAGUUAGAGAACCAUAGCUUGUACACUUGGCGCAAUCUACUAAACGAUCUUGACAAGCCGCUCGUCUCUAUAACGCCGGACGAUUCUCUAUACGAUGCUAUUUACACUAUUAUAAACAAUAAAAUACAUCGUCUGCCAGUAAUCGAUCCUAUGACCGGCGAUGUGUUGUACAUCAUAACACAUAAGCGGAUACUCCGAUUUCUGUUCUUAUACAUCAAUGAACUACCGAAGCCGAGAUACGUGAAUAGUUUGGUUCGCGACCUUGACAUCGGUACAAUGGAUAAUAUAGAGACAGCGACAGAAGACACUACGAUCAUAGAGGCACUUCACAAGUUCGUGAAUAGAAGAGUGUCUGCGCUGCCAGUCGUUGAUAGUGAAGGACGACUUAAAGAUAUUUACGCGAAAUUUGACGUUAUUAAUUUGGCAGCUAAAAGGACUUACAAUAACUUGGACGUUACAAUAAAAGAGGCGAACAAACACAGAAAUGAAUGGUUCGAAGGAGUUUACAAAUGCAAACUCGAUGAGACUUUAUAUGAUAUUAUGAAGAGGAUUGUCAGGGCAGAAGUACAUCGUCUUGUCGUUGUUGACGAUGAAGAUAAAGUGAUCGGUAUAAUAUCGCUGUCUGACCUGCUCAGUUACAUGGUGUUACGUACAGGAGGGAGCGGGACAGAUGUCCAUCCCAAAAAAGAACAUGCGUCUAUCGAAGAAGCCGAUGAAAACAGCGAUAAAGCACAAGAACAAGAGGUUAAUUCAGUGAAGGAGGAAAGCGAGACUGAAAAAACAUAAAAACCAAUGUGAUUGUAAGAAUUAGGUUAAGAGAUUAUUUUUUUAGUUUACGUCUACGCGAUUCGCGCUCUCAGACAAAAUACUUUAAAACUCGAUUAAUUUUUUUUAAUAACUAAAGCGGGAUGCAUUUUUAAUGACUUUUUUGGAUGAAAACCUUGUUACGAAUAUUUCUAAGAAAUUUUCUCAAUGAAUUUUUACCGUUAUAUAAAAAAAAUAAAAUUUAACGUAUGUUUGAACAUUUCCGGUUUUGUUUUUAUGUCCGUUAAAUGUUUUGUAAUUUUUUUUAUAUAGUUACGUAACAUAUGUUAUAAUAAAACAAUUAUUGCCACUGUAUUUAUAUCUUGACCAGAAAUAUAAAAACCUUUGCAAUAUUGCGGAAAAAUAUGAAACUACUUUUUUACGCACAUUUGAUGAUGUAAUAAAAGGCGAUUGAAGUCGCACGGCAAUAUUUUUAUAUUCAUGGUUAAUUCAAAUAUAUCAUUAAUAAUAUUUAUACAAGAAAUAAUAUAUUGAGUUUUGUUGAUUCAUUAUAUUCAACUUUCGUUUAUGUCAUCCAUAAGUAUAUUGUUAUAUUUUUAAUAUAAUUAUAUCAAUUUAUUUCAAUGUAUUCAAGAUAUUUAUAUAUAUUUCUUACACGAGUAUACGAUAUAAGCUUUUGUAAGAUACGGAAGCAAUAUUUUUUAAUUAAACCUAAAUAUUUUGCUGUUAACGUAAUAAUCAAGCCAUAUGAACUAUUGUAAAAAAUACAUUGCAUGUAAGAAUAUUUAAAAAAAUCAAUUGAUUAUUAUCUAGACCAUUCAUAAACUGUUUUAUGCGGUUUUCUAUAAUUUAAAUUUACAAUAUUGGAGAUAAGUUGGUAAAAAAAAUCAAUUGUUAUUUACAUUUACUAUAUAAAUAUUUAAGUAACACUUUCUAUCAUUAUGGAUGUUAUCAGAUAUAUUUUUAUUAAAUAAAAUUACCUUUCUAAUGGUGAAAAAAAUUAAAAUCAGCCCAGUAGUUUUUGAGUUAUUUCAAUACAUACAAAAAUACAAAGUUUUCCUCUUUAUAAUAUUAGUAUAGAUAUAUUUUAUAUGCUUCAUAACAAGUUACCUUAUUGUGUAUUCUUAUUCAGACGUACUUAAAAUUUUAUAACUUAAAUCCUAAUUCUCAUUAGGAGUUACAUUGAAGACGUGGUAAUUGUAAUUGUAACUUAGUUGCAUCGUCUCUACAUAGCAAUGAAUUUAUUUGUAUCGAAAUUUCGAUAGUUAACAUCAUGAGUUUAAACAAUUUUUAUAUACAAUUUUUUUUAAUAAAAUAAUAUACGUUUUAUAUCAAAAUAAUUGUUUUUCUGUAAAUAAGUUAAUAGGAUUGAUGAUUUCUUGGGACUUGUACAAUACAAAAUGCUUAUUCUAUUUAAAGAAAUAAAUAAAACAUCAAUCUCUUAAAUAUCAAAAUUAUGUUAAUAUGAUCAUGUUUUAUUUUUGCUUAUUUUCUAACAUUAUGUCCAUUUUAUUUUAAACGUGUUUACUUUACUCUGGGUUUCAUUUGUAGUGGCAUUUGUAUGACGCAUGCUGUCUCUGUUCUUUCAAUGAGAAUGUGUGAGAUGCCAUGAGUACAAAUCUCAUUGCAAUCUCAGUUAUGGAACAAAAUACUUUUAAAUGUUUAAAGUAUGGACGCGGAUAUUCCAAUGUUUUUCGUUUUUUAAUUGUAACAUUAAGUUUUUUUUUUGUUAUUUCUAGUUCUAUUGCACGGAAUCUCCGAUAAUUCAGCUGAAUAUUUAAAAAAUAGAAAUUGCAAAUAUAAAAAACCUUUAAAGUUUAAAGCUGACAAUUUUAUUCAGUUUUGGUGAUAAGUGUAUAUUAUAAAUUAACGUAGUUUCUAAUUAUAUCUCUUUAACAAAAUAGUCAAGGUGUCAAAGGUGACAUUUAAAUAAUAAAUUAUAGCAUUUUCUCUUUGAUGCUCAUUUGGUUUUGAGUAUUAUUAUAUAAAAAUUCUUUAUAUUUUAACAAAACUUUAUAAUUUAAAUAUUCGGUAUAAACUAAAAUUAAAAUUAAUGUAAUGUUUGGUUUAAGAAUAGGAUUGUGUGUUCUGUCGUCACUUCGUGUCUUUAGAAAACAGUUGUCAGUUUCUCUUGAUGGUGUAGAUUGAGAAUAAAAAGCGCACAUUCUGAUAAAUAGGACGCAUUAAAAUUUUAAUAAAUACACGAUUCCAA